AUGUCACCAGGGUCACAGAAAUAUAUAAGCAAUAAUGAAUGGAAGCAUGAUAUCGAUCUUAGAAGAGCCAUCGAAAAAUUUGUUAAACGAGGAAUAAAGCGAAAGGAAAUGUUAAGUUUUUUGUGCCAUGAUUAUCCACAGUAUUCAUGGAGCAUCCGUUCCAUUGACAGGCAACUGCGAUAUUUUGAAAUCUACUACACUGGUAACAAUAGAGACUUUCCGAUCGCCUACGCAGCAACGACGGGGACGUUUGCGAGGCCUGGAAAUGGCGCAGCCGCUCCAUCCGCCUGCACAUCAUUUUCAUUAAGGUGUGCUUGCAACAAAUGCAGUGUUGGAAGACUAGUUAGUGCUAGGGAGUAUCGUUGUUGCCGAGAGGUCCAUGCAGCCUAUGGAAAAGUGGUUUUUGAUGGACUUUCCGACAGUCUAAGCUGCAUUACAGAACACGAAGACUUCAAGGCACUUGUUAACAAAGAAGUGUUAAAAAUUGUUGGUCCACUUUUAAAGCAAAAAAAUGGAAAGCCAUAUAAAAAACAUGCUGGUGUAUCUGAGAAUGAUUUAUCAGGGAAAAAUAUAACACCAACAAUAAAAAAACUGGCUACAAAGAUUCUGCCCAAAGAGAAUAACUCCCUUUGUAUCCAGUGGUUGCGGGGUUGGGUUACUAACUCAGACCCCCAAAUCAUAGCGAGAUGGUACUUGGACUACUUGUACCAAACAAGAGUGAUGCCAUAAUUUGUCAGAUUCGCCGGUACCGAGACAGGGACGAUGGCCACAAUGCACGCCUUUCUUCAUCAUAAACUAGGAAGUAAUAUUGACCCACGUGAAUCUGUUAUUUAUGGCCCUUCUACAUCUAACCAAAUUGAAAGGUGGUGGAGAGAACUCCAUGAGAGGCUUGAAAAGUAUUUCAAGGAACAGCUAAGAUGGCUAAAAAACCGACAUUAUGAUCCUGCUAAUGAUACACAUAGAAUGAUUUUGGCCUACAUCAUGAUUCCAUUACUCCAGAAGAAAUUGGGUACUUUUAGAGAAAUUAUCUGGAAUUGCCACAGAAUUCGACUGCAAAAAGACACUGUCCUUCCAAAUAGAAUUCCUGACCACAUCUACAGCUUUCCAGAAGAAUAUGGGCUUGAAGAUUGUGGAUUGACUGUGAAUGAAGAGCACCUAGAAGAAGUGGCUAUGCAUUCAAAUGUGCUUCAAGUACCACAUGAUUUUCUCGAUCAAGAGUUCAGAAGGAAAUGUGAGGGAGUUGUUUCUUGUAAUGAAGUUGGUCCAAAAGAUGUAAAAGAUGCUUAUAUAGCUUUGAAGAACAAUGUUAGCCUGUAA